UUUUAAUUUUUUGUAAUGAAGUUGCGUAAUUUCUUAAAGACGGAAAAGCAACGAUGAACAUUUGUAUAGUUAACUAACUACUACACUUGAUCUUUGUAGUUACUAGCGUCAAAGACAUAUUUUGAUAUGGCUGGUCUUAGAAAAUUGGUCCCUUUGUUUGAUAGAGUUAUUGUUCAAAGAGUUGUAGCUGAAACUAAAUCGACUGGUGGAAUUCUGUUACCAGAAAAAAGUGUUGGCAAAGUUAAUGAAGCUACAGUAGUUUCAGUGGGGCCUGGAGGAAGAGACCAGUCCGGAAAAAUUGUUCCCGUUUCUGUAAAACCAGGCGACAGUGUUCUUUUACCUGAAUAUGGAGGUACAAAAAUUGAACUAGGGGAUAAGGAAUAUGUUAUCUUUCGUGACUCGGAGCUCCUUGGGAAAUUUGAAAAUUAAAAUUAUACAAAUAUUCUUUGUAAAAAAAAAAAAAAUGUAAAGAAGAUUUUACGCCUCAUUUUAUGCAAUCCAGGUUGAUCUCAAGAAUUGUGUAGAAAAACGUCUAAAAAUGUAACUAUGGUGUACGAAACAAAGCCAAUUUAUUAUUCAAUUUUAAUUUUUUUUUAUUGUAAAUAAACUAGUUCUCAUUCUUCCACCUAUCCAGAAUAGUUUGACAAUUAGUGUGUGUUGGCAUAACGUUUCAGCGAUCUUGGGUUGACGUUGUGUGCACUAUUUAUACUAAAAUACAUUCUUUGUGUAUAAAAUUACGGAAGAAAAUAAAUUUAAUCUUUAGUA